AUGGUAAAGGGAGUGUCAAUCAAACUUACCCCUGAUUAUGCUAUCACUGAGGAUCUUGCAGUUUUAGAUGGAUACAAGCAUAGGGAAAUUGGAUUAAGCAGAACGUGUCUGAAACGUUACAAUUAUGAUGUCCAUGAAUCAUGCGAACAUAUAGCCCUUACUUGUGAUGGGAAGAAUUGUUCAAUUUCUGUAAGACUUUUGUGGAGGAAUAGAUUGGAUUAUAAAACAUUACUAUCUUGCCUUCCAAAUGAAUCAAUGGAUAUUUUGCGUGCUAAUAAUAUUUUAGUCCCAACUUUAAAAACUCCCUUCGUUAAUUAUGCAUUAUUCUGCAAAAAAUUCUUACUUGAUGAAUUUUUCCAUUCUGGUAUUAAAAAAAUUUUUAAUAAUGAAUCGAGUGAUGAAAAGUUACGUAUUGUAUCAAAUGAGAUAUUAAAAUUACUUGUGAACCAAGUAUCCUUAAAAGAAUUAUAUGUAUACGAUUUAGGAUACUUACUUGGAUUCAUUAAAAAUGAAAACAGAUUUUUCAGUAGUAUUCCUCAUUCAAUUAUUGAAUUAACUAUUUCUGGAAUUAAUAUUGAUAAUUUGUAUUCACUUUUGAACAAUUUUAAUGAAUUGAAAAAACUUAAUUUAUCACUUAUGAGUGAAAGUAAUUAUAAUAAAUUUGAUGAUCUGAAUUUAUCAAAAUUAGAAGUAUUGAUAUUUAGUAAUGAUGUUAUUCAACCAACAAAUAAUACAUUAAUUAGAUUUUUAGAUACCCAUGGAACUAAUAUAAAAAUAUUUUCUAUUAAAAAUAGUGAUAAUUUAUUAAAUAAUUAUAUUGCUCGAUCAUGUCAAAAUAUUAAAGAAAUCUAUACCGGACUAGAUAGUCAUACUAAUCUAGAAAUAUUUGAAAUGUUUAUUAAAGAAUUACAAUAUUUGGAAAGUAUUAAAAUUAAUAUUUCUGGAAAUUCAAAUGAAAGAGAAAUAUUUGAAAUUAUCAAAGAUUGUUCACAAGAAAAUUUUUAUAAAAUUGAAUUGAAGUAUUUAGAUAAUGCAAUAUCAACAUUACUUCCAGCUGACUUAAGUACUUUCAUUUUAGGUUGGAAAGAAAGGAAAUCGCACAAACUUUCCAUUAUCUUUGAUAAUACAACUUUGAGUAGUGAAAAUAUGGAUUGUUCAAUUUCUGUAAGACUUUUGUGGAGGAAUAGAUUGGAUUAUAAAACAUUACUAUCUUGCCUUCCAAAUGAAUCAAUGGAUAUUUUGCGUGCUAAUAAUAUUUUAGUCCCAACUUUAAAAACUCCCUUCGUUAAUUAUGCAUUAUUCUGCAAAAAAUUCUUACUUGAUGAAUUUUUCCAUUCUGGUAUUAAAAAAAUUUUUAAUAAUGAAUCGAGUGAUGAAAAGUUACGUAUUGUAUCAAAUGAGAUAUUAAAAUUACUUGUGAACCAAGUAUCCUUAAAAGAAUUAUAUGUAUACGAUUUAGGAUACUUACUUGGAUUCAUUAAAAAUGAAAACAGAUUUUUCAGUAGUAUUCCUCAUUCAAUUAUUGAAUUAACUAUUUCUGGAAUUAAUAUUGAUAAUUUGUAUUCACUUUUGAACAAUUUUAAUGAAUUGAAAAAACUUAAUUUAUCACUUAUGAGUGAAAGUAAUUAUAAUAAAUUUAAUGAACUGAAUUUAUCAAAAUUAGAAUCAUGUCAAAAUAUUAAGGAAAUUUACACCGGACUAGAUAGUCAUACUAAUCUAGAAAUAUUUGAAAUGUUUAUUAAAGAAUUACAAUAUUUGGAAAAUAAUGCAAUAUCAACAUUACUUACAGCUGACUUAAAUACUUUCAUUUUAGAUUGGAAAGAAAGGAAAUCGCACAAACUUUCCAUUAUCUUUGAUAAUACAACUUUGAGUAGUGAAAAUAUGGAUGUACUUAAUGAAUAUACCAAUUUAGGUAUUAUUAAUUAUAUAGUAAAAAAACCAAGAUUAUUAUCAUAG